GUUCAGUUCACGAGCCGCACCCCGGCCCACCACCGCCCCCCACCCCACCCCGCCCUCACCCCCUCACGAUGGACUUCCUUAAGUCGACGCUCUCCUCGGCACUCUCCAAGGGUCCACCGUUUCCAUACACGUUCCACGACCGCGUCACCUUGCCGGGGGACACGCCCGUCGGCGGGGUAUUCCAGCUGUUCAACGGCACGAAGCGCGAGGAUGGGUCCGCCUGCAGUAUAUUUACGUUCGAGGUCACGGACGCUACCAGGACUCGCCUGCCAUUGGCUAAGAACGCGCUCAGAAGAUUGAGGACGCUUAGGCACCCCGGUGUGCUGAGGGUGCUGGAUAGUGUUGAGACAGAUGCGUACAUCUACAUCGCGACGGAGCGGGUUUCGCCGCUGGCGUGGGACGUGAAGCGCGGUGCGUUGCAGGCGGAGACGGUUAAGUGGGGGCUAUGGGGGGUUGCUAUUACGCUGAAGUUCCUUAACGACGAGGCGAAGAUCAUACAUGGCAAUGUGCGCCUGGCUUCGGUUUUCACGAGCGAGAGCGGCGAGUGGAAGCUCGGUGGCUUCGAGGUGCUGUCGGCUGUCGCCGAUGAUGAGCCGUUUAUCUACAGGUAUGGUAGCUUGCUGCCGGACGCGGGAAGGUUUGCGGCGCCGGAGAUUGGGAAGGGCGGGUGGGAAGGGUUGAAGAACUUUCCGGUGCACGUAACAGACUCCUGGGGAUUCGCCGAGCUUACAUACGAGGCGUUCAAUGGCUCGCUCACGAGUGUGGACCAGCUCAGUCAGCCGAAAAAGAUACCGCCCGCGAUGUCGGCGGCGUACAAGCGGCUCAUCACGGCGAAUCCAAAGUCGCGAUUGUCUGUGUCGCACUUCCUCGAGCAGGGCACACGGUCGGGCUCGUUCUUUGAUAUCCCGCUCAUACACAUUUCCGAGUUCGUCGAGAACAUGGGCGUCAAGGAUCAGGACGAGCGCGAGACAUUCCUGGAAGAGCUCGAGAGGACCGGAGAUCAGUUCCCCGAGGACUUUUUCAAAAUGAAAGUGCUUCCCGAGUUGCUGAAAAGUGUCGAGUUUGGUGGUGGUGGACCAAAGGUGUUUGGUGCGGUGCUGCAGAUCGGCGAGAAGUUGAGCACGGAGGAGUGGGAGGCUUCGAUUACCCCCGUCGUCGUGAGACUGUUUUCCCUGCCCGAUAGAGCUACGAGAGUCUUCUUGCUGGAUAAUCUCAGCCGCAUGAUUGAUCACUUGUCGAACAAGGUGGUGAAUGAUAAGAUUUUUCCAGAUAUGUUGACGGGCUUUUCGGACUCGGCGCCAAUAGUACGAGAACAAACCGUGAAAGCCGUUCUCACCAUCAUCGGAAAGCUGUCGGAUCGCCAUAUCAACGGUGAACUGUUGAAGCAUUUGGCAAAGACGCAGAACGACGAGCAGCCUGGAAUCAGAACCAAUACUACUAUAUGUCUCGGAAAGAUCGCUAGGCACCUGGGGCCAAAUACUCGACAAAAAGUCCUGGUCGCUGCAUUCACUCGUUCGCUCCGUGAUCCAUUUGUCCACGCCCGCAACGCCGCACUCUUGGCGCUUGGAGCCACGUCCGAUGUCUUCGACGAGACCGACUGUGCCAGCAAAGUCAUCCCCGCAAUUGCGCCGAGCCUUGUAGAUAAGGAGAAGUUGAUCCGUGACCAGGCGGUCAAGACCGUGGCAUUGUAUCUGGCACGCAUAGCGACCUUGACGAAGAAUUACCCCGAUACGGUUAUCCCCGCCUCUGCUACUGCGAUUGCAUCCACCCCCGGGACUCCGGCAAAGGCGGUUGCAACAGGCGAUGGCGAGAGCGUGGUGAUGCCAGGUGGAUGGACGAGUUGGGCUGUCGGAACUUUUGCGGCCGCUGCCGGACAGAUGCAAUCCCGAGUUACAGUUACGGCCGCAGCCAUAGCGGCGGAAGAACGCCCCGCCUCCGCACCGCUACCGAAUGCAACCACAACUUCUGCUUCUUCCACUUCCAGGCCACAAACAAAAGCCACCGUCAGCACGUCGUCUGUCCCGCAACCGGGCGGCUUCCUGGACGAUGAAGAUGAUGAUCUCGAUGGAUGGGGUGCGCUCGACGAAGACAAAGAUACCACCAACGACUACGACAACGGCGAGACCUUCUUCGACGCGCUGGAAAAGAAGACGGGCCGGAAACUCGGCGGUGCCGCCAGCAAUAAGGAAAACCGAAUUGCGUCCCCGCCCGCUCCUUCUGCAGCCGCAUCCACCGGCCGCAUCAGCUCCUUCGGUCCAAAGCCGUUUUCGCUCAAGCAUGAGGAGGAGGUCGAUUUCGAGGCGCUUAUUGGCGCGAAGAAGGGUGGGAAGACCCUGCCGAAGGGAUUGACUAAGAAAACUACUCCGACUACGGUGGUGAGAAAAACGCCGGCGCCGGUCGCGAAGAAGACUAUGCCGCCUAAAAAAGUACCGCCCCCACCGCCGAAGAAGACGGAAACGUGGGACGAUGGUGAGGCGGAUUGGGGCGAUGAUGCGUGGGCUUGAUUUACUGUAGAAUUUGUGUUUGUGUUUUUUGCGCUGUAGAUGGCUGGGAUGGCGGUGGAGUCGGCACGUAUAUCUGGUGGUUGCUCUUGAGCUUUUGCGCUUUUGUGUUGUAAUAAUAGGAUUUAUAUUUGUCUAUUUGUGGCCAAUUCUGGUAUUCAUACAUAGAUGGAAGUGGGAGAUCCGGAUCCAGAUACGGUACAUAGCAUGAGCA